AUGGGCCCGUGGAAUGCAAUUGGCGCCAUCCUGGGUACUGCGGUACCAGGAUCACUCCGUAUGGAGCAGGAGCGUGCCCCACAAUCUCAGCGAAUGUUAAAAAAUUUAGCGUUAACGUACAGCUCACCGCAUCGCCUGGUACCGGUGGGCAUCGGCUGGGCCGUCAGGCCAGAUCCGGAGAUCUGGAGCCCCCCGGUGGUCCAGACGUCGAGGAGGCGGAUCGCAGUCGUUAAGCUGAUAAGAACAGAUUUUAUUUAUACAUUUUUAUGGUGA